CACGUGACAGGCAGCGGCUGGGGGCUCCAUCCCACGGGGAGGAAGGGGGCCUCUGCAGCCCCUUCCCCCUGUCCCAGCAGGCUGAAGCCUCCAGGGGAGCCAGAGCAGGUGUGGGCCAGGAGACCUCUCCUGCCCCUCAGGAUGGACCCCUACGCGGACACCCUGCGGCGGCUGCGGGAGGCCUUCAGCACAGGGCGGACGAGGCCCGCUGAGUUCAGGGCGGCGCAGCUCAAGGGCCUCCGCCGCUUCCUGCAGGAAAACCAGCAGCUUCUGCAGGAGGCGUUGGCGCAGGACCUGCACAAGUCAACCUUCGAGGCAGAGGUGUCUGAGAUCAGAAUCAGCGAGAGCGAGAUUGACUUGGCCCUCAGGAAUCUGAGGUCCUGGAUGAAGGAUGAGAAAGUGCCCAAGAAUCUGGCCACGCAGCUGGACUCGGCCUUCAUCCGGAAGGAGCCCUUCGGCCUGGUGCUCAUCAUCGCCCCCUGGAACUACCCGGUGAACCUGACCCUGGUGCCCCUGGUGGGUGCCCUCGCUGCAGGGAACUGCGUGGUGCUGAAGCCUUCGGAGUUCAGCAGGAGCACAGAGAAGGUCCUGGCUGAGGUCCUGCCCCGAUACCUGGACCAGAGCUGCUUUGCCGUGGUGCUAGGAGGGCCCCAGGAGACCGGGCAGCUGCUGGAGCACAAGUUCGACUACAUCUUCUUCACGGGGAGCCCCCGUGUGGGCAGGAUCGUCAUGGCUGCCGCCGCCAAGCACCUGACGCCCGUCACGCUGGAGCUGGGGGGCAAGAACCCCUGCUACGUGGACGACGACUGCGACCCCCAGACCGUGGCCAACCGCGUGGCCUUUUUCCGCUACUUCAACAGCGGCCAGACCUGCGUGGCCCCCGACUACGUCCUGUGCAGCCCGGACACGCAGGAGCGGCUGCUGCCCGCCCUGCAGAGCGCCAUCACCCGCUUCUACGGCGACGACCCCCAGAGCUGCCCGAGCCUGGGCCGCAUCAUCAGCGACAAGCACUUCCAGCGGCUCCGGGGCCUGCUGGGCUGCGGCCGCGUGGCCAUCGGCGGCCAGAGCGACGAGAGCGAGCGCUACAUCGCCCCCACGGUGCUGGUGGACGUGCAGGAGACGGAGCCGGUGAUGCAGGAGGAGAUCUUCGGCCCCAUCCUGCCCAUCAUGAACGUGAGGAGCCUGGACGAGGCCAUCGACUUCAUCAACCGUCGGGAGAAGCCCCUGGCCCUGUAUGCCUUCUCCAACAGCAACCAGGUGGUCAAGCGAGUACUAGCCCAGACCAGCAGCGGGGGCUUCUGCGGGAACGAUGGUUUCAUGCACAUGACCCUCGCCAGCUUGCCUUUCGGAGGAGUGGGUGCCAGUGGGAUGGGCAGCUACCAUGGCAAGUUCUCCUUCGACACCUUCUCCCACCACCGCGCCUGCCUGCUGCGCCACCCUGGGCUGGAGAAGAUCUACUCCAUCCGCUACCCGCCCUACUCGCCUCGCAACUUGAGGAUGCUGCUGGUGGCCAUGGAGGGUCGCAGCUGCAGCUGUACCCUGCUCUGAGCCCAGCUCACACCUGUGAGUCUGCUGCCCCUGCCGCCUGCGGCUAGGGCAGAUGUGGCCUGGUGCACACACCCGGGGGGGAAAAGACCACAGCCCAGACCAGGGCAUGCCCUGUCCCUCCUGGGGCUUCUCUCUGGGAGCCCUCAGCCUGCUGCCUUCCAGCUUCCCUCAGCUGACCCCAACUAGGACGGACCAAGGCAAGGGAGCCUGGAAGACUAUGCGGUAACCUGCCCCCGGUACCCACACUAGCCACCUGAGUCCUGGGGGAGGCCAGCAGGUGUGGACACUUCUGAGCCACCCCCCUUCACAACCAGCACCUCCGGACAUCACUGUGGGGAUUACAUUUUGGAGUUUAAUAAUAAAUGAGUCAUUCAUCCCAA